CCCUAAGCUCGCAUCAGAAUGACAUAGUCUGGACUGCAGCCCAUCAACUUCCUGGCGGAAAACAUAUCGGUUUUCCAUGCUAAACCGAGCUCUGUUUUCAAAUACAGCUACCGGAGCCUGCCCAAGUUCCUCGGAUGGGAAUUGACGUGGAUUGCCAGGUCCCCCGUCAGCCUUGGAGGGACACUCACACCUCACAUCCUGUUUCACACGCCUGUCUUCGGUUGAGUCCCGGAGAACCCGGUCCUCAGCUGAACAAUUCCAUCGACCCCUUUUCGUCCUGGGCAUGGACGGCUUGGGUACUUGUAGUGUUCCUGCUCCUUCGGGCUGUAAAGCAGAUCACUGCCAAGAGGUGUCAUGCUCUGAGUCACCGCGGCUCUCAAGAGCCCAACCUCCGGGGAAAGUGCGUCGGACCUUUUGAGCUGUGUGAACAAUUCGAGCAGGACACAUGCGCCAGCUGGCGUUGUCAAUGUGCCCCGCCGAAUAUCCGCGCGUACCAUCAAGGUCCAAAGACUCCAAAGUUGGCAUUGCUGUGUACUUUCAUCAACCCGACGCCAGUGGCAGGACGUCCAUGGCAUGUCCCUGACUGCAGGCGGAUGCGUCGAGGGGAUAUGUGUUGGCUGGCGACUCGAAGCCUCCUCGGUUUGCUGGCACUUGGAUGAUUCGUAAUCGAGCGAGGAUCAGCCGAAAAGAGUCUCCAGGAUCAAGGAGCAAUGCUCCAUGGGCUUCUCUCAGCAAAAGUUCUCCUCCAUUCCCUUGAAUGUCCGCGGCUAGCGCGGAGAACACAGCACCAAGACCGACAGCUGCCACCGGCAUACCUACACCAGGUUCGCAUACGUCGGCACACCUUGCGUUAUGUGAGUGGGAUCCAGAUCACCUGAAACCUAACCUCUCAUUGCAGUAUGUGGUCGAACGACGCGACCAGCCGCAGCAAUCAUGGCAUG